AUGACGGAUUCACCAAGAAGGAACAGUAAAUCUUCAGGAGUUUCUCGGGGAAUCAACUCCUAUCGUAGCACAAGUCAAACAUUGAAUAUAUUUAAAGACUAUGGAGGAUUGGGGCAUCUAUACUAUGAAACACUUGCAAGCGAUUUGGAUAAAAUUCUACAGGUAGACAUCAUUAUGUCAAUCGCUGAGACAAAAGGUUCAGUAAGAAGCAGAAGUAUAAGAUUGGCUUCAGAAAUGCGCGCAUGCGGAAUUGUUGAGAAGGACAUUGUAGUUGUUUGUAGUGCAAAAAACGCCGAUCAAACUAUUGUUCUUGUAGCGUCUCUAUUUCUGGGUGCAAUUGUUGCUCCAUUGGAUCCUGAAUCAAGUAAUAAAGAGAAAGAUCGUCUCAUUAAGAAACUAAAGCCGAAGAUAUGUUUUGCCGAUUCCAGGACAGAAACCCAUAUUAAACGAAUAUUGCAUGAAAUGCAUCUUCAAACAAAAGUUGUUAGCUUCAGUCAAGAAGACGGAGGGAUAUCUGAGUUCUCUAAAUGGAUUCAACACAAGGAAGAUGAGGAAUUUAGACCAAUUUAUAUCGAGGAUCCUAGAAGAACAGUUGCAUUGAUAUUACCGACACAAGGAACCACCGAUUUUCCAAAACUUGUCUGUGUCUCACACAAUAAUAUUUGUCUUCAGUGUAUGAACUUUGCAGAUAUUUUCUAUCACCCCGUGAAUAUACUAUCAUUUUUCUCAUUUUCAUGGUUUCUACAUAUUAUAAUGGUGUGUUUAUGUUUGGAAACAUCAGUAACGUUAAUUAUUCCUGGACUUUUUUUUGAAAGAUCCGCCUGUAAGGUUAUACAAGAUUUUAAUGUUGAGUGUCUACUUUUGGGUACUGAUUUUGCGAUGAGACUGUUUCAUAGCAGCGCUGCCAAGGAUUAUAACCUUAGCUGUCUGAAAACUGUUAUGAUUGGUGUGAAUAAUACAACACCGCAUGAUAUUUAUACACUCAAGAAAGCAAUGCCAAAAGUACAAUUCCUCUCUAAUUACUCUAUGGUGGAAACGGGAUGUAUAGCGGCAACGAGGUCAAAAGAUUAUCCUUCCAUCUUUUGUGAUAAACCAACCACCGUUGGGUCGCUAACUCUCAAUUGCAAAGUUAAAAUUAUUAAUAUACAUACGAAAGAGGUGUGUCCACCAAAAAAAGUUGGUGAGAUUUAUUAUUCCGGUGAUGGACUCAUGUUAGGUUAUUUCAAGGAUCCUGAAAGAACCAUCGCAUCCCGAGAAAAGGGAUAUUUUAGAACAGGUGAUGUAGGGAUGUUUGAUGAUGCAGGAUGGUUGUUUGUGCGCGGAAGACUAGAAGAUAUGAUCGAUAUUGAUAAUUGGUCUUUAUUUCCGCUGGACAUAGAAGACAUUGUUCUAAGACAUCCAUAUGUAAAAGAUGCUGUAGUUAUUGGCAAUCAAAAAACACAUGUUAUUCUGAUCAAGAAAAAUCCAGAUGUAGUAUUUAACGAGCCAGACUUGAAACGCUAUAUUUGUGAUUCACUAUCACCUAAAUAUUGGCCGUCUAAGAUAAUUCUUCAAGAACAUUUUCCACGAACAAAUGUUGGAUCAGUCAAGAGAAAAACAAUCCGGGAAGAUCUUCUUCAAGUUAGUAUCCGUUACAGCAGCAGCCUCUCUCUGCUACAAAGAGAAGAAUCACUUUCAAAUUGAAUAAUUACAUGAAAAUGACUAUUAUAUGUUUAAAUUAAAUAUUUUA